AUGGCGGAUCCUUUCGUGAAAGGUGAAAUCUAUGAGAAGAAGGUCAUGCUGAGCGACUGGUGGGGAGUUCAUGGAAUAUACCGUUUCGAAGUGCUGCCGGACAACACGACAGUCACUGCCGAGGUCUACUGCGCUCAACUGCAAAGACUGGCCGACAAGAUCCGCAAGGAGCACCCGAAGCUCGACAACGUUCGCCUGCUGCACAAUAACGCGCACCCUCACACCGCGAAGAAGACUUCCCAGAAAAUUCUGAAGCUCAGAUGGGAAGUUCUACCGCACAAACCGUACAGCCCGGACCUGCCCCGAGCGACUACCACCUCUUCCGAUCGCUUCAACAUCACCUGGAAGAGAUGCGCUACGAUGAUCGUGACCACCUCGAAAAUGCCUUUGGGCUUUCUUUGCCUCCAAGUCGCCGGAGUUCUACGCCAAAGGAAUCCGUGA